UGUUUUUUGUUCUUUUACCAAAAAUUAAAGCGCCAAUUCCAUUUCUUUAUCAAAAGUUAAAGCGCCAAUUGUGUAUUUGCUGAAAGUGAAAAAUUAAAAAAAAUAUCUUAAAAUUAAACUAUCGCUAAUUGAACCCUAAUCACACCCACACUUCCAAUUUCCACUCUCGAUUUGCUCUCCGUGAACUCAACGAGAGAUAAUUUUUCUUGCAGCUCUACCCUAAAUCGAAGAAUUUCAAGCUCUGCCUAAUCUCAAUGAGAAAUAGUUUUUCUUGUAGCUCUAACCUAAAUCGACAAAUUCCAGGUUCACUAUGAAGACUGGAAAUGAUGAUGGAUAAACUAUUAAGAGUACUAUGAGAUAUACUUUCUGCGCACCUGGUGCAAUUGGAAAGGGACGGGGACAAGGGCUUAGAUCUUUGAUAACAAAUGGAAAAACUCUAACUAAGUGUUCAUUAAGUUCGGUUUAUCAACCUAAUGAUGUAGUUAAGCAAUACAUCCAAGAAUUUGAAACAAGAAAGGAAAGGGACCAGCAGAAGGAGUUACAAACUCUACCAUGUGUUCUUUUACAAGUAAUGGGAAUGACAAUGCGUAAGAAGUUCGUGGUUCGGGAGAACGAGUUUAUGCCAGUUAAUACUUUAUUACCUCUGUCUACUAAUGAGGUUAAGCCAUAUUUAAAAGAAGUUGUAACAAGUUCUAUUGGGAAAGAGAGAGGAAAAGGACUUACAAGCUCUUCUAUGUUAUCUGGUCAAGUAUUGGGAACAAAGAUGCAUAAGAACUCCGUGGUUUGUGAGAACGAGUAUAUACAAUUUGAUACUCCAUUUUAUCCAUCAACUAAUCAAGUUAAGCAACGAACCAAAGAGGCUGAAGCAACUAUUGGGAAGGGACCAGAAGGAGGAGACGUAAGAAUGGGAAUGAUACGUAAGAACUCCAUGGUUCUUGAGAAAGAGUAUAUGCAAGUUGAUACUACAUUUUCUCCAUCAACUAAUCAAGUAAAGCAACGAACCAAAGAGGCGGAAACAAUACAGGCGAGAAGCAAAAGGAAUACAGCAAACCGAGCUAAUUUGACAAUGCUUCAUCAUAUUGGUUCUCUUUGAUGUAAAGGGAGCGAAAGAAGGCAAUCCUCUAGAAAGUCAACAAGCUUGUUGAACCUGAAGCAAUUGAAAAACAUGUGCAUUUGGUAGAUUAAAUUUGUAAAUUACUAAAAAUUAAUAUGGGUUAUGAUUGAAAAUGUCCUUUUAUCUAUCAUGUAGGCUCAGAUCGAAGAAAUUGUGAAAGCAGAGCCAUCUCUACCUACCAUAGAGAUUGUAGAAAAAUGUUGGGGACCUCAAAAUCGUAGUCAUGUAGGUUGCUUUGACAGUGGAGUAAAGGUGAAAGAUAUUAAAGGCGACACUUCUUCAAAGACUGAAUUACUGUUCGCUCUAUGUUCAACUCGAGAUGACAAUAAAUCCUUGAUUGAGGAAAUCAAAUCAUUGAAUAAUCGUUUGUCAACCUUAGAAGAUGAGAUGUAAAAAAUAAGAAAAAUGCAAGAAUUUUUUGCUUCUCAACAAUCUCAUAUCCCUCAUACAACCUUUCCCGUUUCAACUUAAUGACACUGGCUUAUUUUGCUUCCCUAGUAAGUAGUUAUUUUACUUGGUUAUUAUUUAACUACAUUUUGUCAAGAUUAUACAUUUUGGGAUUUUUGUGUUUUUUUCCAAGAUGGGGUUUUGUUAGUUUUGCUUAUUUUCUGCAUUUUUGGCUUGUGUUAGAUGGGGUUUUGUUAGUUUUGAUGAUUAUGGUGUGGAUGGGGUAGUGUUAAUUUUGUUGAUUAUGGAGUGGGUGAAUUUGAAUAUCAUUUGUAUAAACUCUAUGUUAGUAGUUGGUCUUUUGAGUGAGGUGAUUCUUA